AUGGACUCGGCCGCCAUACUCGCACCAGCCGCACUCUUGAGAGCAGCACUCGCACUCGCCACCAGCUGGCCCACAUCCCUCGCAACCCGCAACGAGCUCGCGACCCCCCUCUCGGCCCUCGUCCGCCUCCAGGAAGGCCACCACCUCGCCACCAACCUCUCACCCCCACUCGACCCCUACGCCGCCGGCUCGUUCCACCACCCUCCCCUCGUCCUCGCACUCGUCGGACCCCUCGUCCACCCCGACUCGGCUCCGCCCUGGCUCAGCUUUGCCGCGUGGACCGCAGCAGACCUCGUCGCAGCCUGCGCACUCGGCCGCAUCGCCCGAGCGCGAGACCGUGGACCUGAACCCGUCGACCGCACCGAGAAGCGCUGGAGUCGGGCCACCGUCGCAGCCCUCUACCUCUUCCACCCCUUUACGGUCGCAACCACCCUCGCGCGCUCGUCGACCACCUUCACCAACCUGUUCCUCGCCCUCGCCCUCAACUCGGCGCUCGAUGGCUCGCUCGUCCUCGCCGCCUUCCACCUUUCCCUCGCGGCCCACCUCUCGCUCCACCCGGUCCUCCUUCUCGUGCCCGUCAUCCUCGUCGCCCACCAGGCCAUCGUCAAGCGCUCGCGGCGAGACGCGCAGUCGCUCGCGGCAAGCGCAGUCGAGGGCACGGCGGCGUUUGCGCUGCACCAGGCCGUGCUGCUCGGCUUGAGCCGGUGGCUGACGGGCAGCUGGGCGUUCCUCAACAGCGUCUACGGUGUCAUUCUCACAGUCCCCGAUCUGACGCCCAACAUCGGCCUGACGUGGUACUUCUUCAUCGAGAUGUUCGAUCACUUCCGCGCCUUCUUCCUCGUCGUGUUUGCGCUCCACCCGGCCGUCUACGUCGCGCCGCUGUGCAUCUUCUACAGGAACGAUCCCCUCUUUGCGGCGACCCUGCUCGUCGGCGCAGUCGCGCUCCUCAAAAGCUACCCGACCUUGGGUGACUGGGCCCUGUGGCACGCCCUCCUCGCCUGCUACUCCGAGCUCCUGCCUCACGUCUCGACCCCGAUCUUCCACGCCCUCGUCCCGCUGUACGCCCUGUCGCUCCUGCCCGCCUUUUCGCACAUGUGGCUCGCGUCGACGGCCGGCAACGCCAAUUUUUACUACGCCGCGACGCUCGUGUGGGCGGUCGGCAUGGGCGGCUGGGCGCUCGAGGCCAUGCGCGCGAGGGGGAGGAGGGACGCGCUUGGGCGGUUGGACAAGGAGGGACGGGCAAAGGUCGAGGCCGAGAGGUGGAAGAUCGUGCAGCGGUAG